AUGUCGUUGUUCGUGGUGUUCGUGGGCGCGAACGUGGCCUUCCUGAUGGUGGUGGUGGAGUUCCGCGUCAUCCAGGAGACGUCGGCGCUGACGCUCAUGGUGGCCGGGUCGUUCAAGGAGAUCGUCACGGUGCUCGCGGCGGUGCUGCUCUUCCACGACACGUUCACGGCGGUGAACGGCAUGGGCCUGUUCAUCCUCCUCGUGGGUGUGUCUCUCUUCAACCUGCACAAGUACUACCGGUUCAGACAGCACGGCAAGGGGGGCGGUCCGGGCGGGCACGCGGACGCGGCCGGGCGGCCCGAGGAGCACAGGCGGACGGGCGGGGCGGAGCAGGAGAUGCACGCGAUGCACGCGGCGCAGGCCGCGGGUGCGCGGACCAACGGGGGGGGCGGGCAAGAGCCCACGUGGCGAACGAGCGCGGACUGA